AGCUUACAGUCGCAACUCAUCUCUUGCACUACAAGCCCUCUUCUCUACUUUUCCACCGCUCCUCGUACUCAGCAGCCAUGCGUUUCUUCGCCACCCUCGUCCUCGCUCUCCCUGCGCUCGCCAUGGCCACAGCCGUGCCCCGCGACGUCAAUGGCGGUACUCCGCCCAAGUCGUGCAGCUCCGGCCCUGUCUAUUGCUGCAACAAGACCGAGGAUUCUAAGCACCUCGACAAGGGGACCACGGCGCUUUUGGGUCUCCUCAACAUCAAGGUUGGGGAUCUCAAAAAUCUGGUUGGCCUCAACUGUUCGCCCAUCUCCGUCAUCGGGGUUGGCGGUAACAGCUGCUCGGCGCAGACGGUGUGCUGCACGAACACCUACCAGCAUGGCCUGGUCAACGUCGGCUGCACUCCCAUCAACAUCGGCCUUUGAGGAUGCGGAUGUCUGCCUGGCACUUCAAUAGUGCCCAAGUCCAUGUUCAGUUGCUCUCCCUUAUGUGCUCGCUUGAAAUAACAUGUUGCUCCUUCUUAUUGUAUGCUCGUAUGAGCAAGUUUUCUUGAAUAUACUAUGCCUAUUUGUGACUCCUCC